GUGGAGACGUUGACUUUCCUGUGGAUCCUCUUCGCCUGCAUUGUCCUCGGCAACAGUGCCGUGCUCGCCGCUCUUCCCAAAGGCCGAAAGUCUCGCAUGAACUUCUUCAUAAUGCACCUCGCCAUUGCAGAUCUCGGCGUGGGUCUGGUGAGCGUGCUAACGGACAUCAUCUGGAAAACUACUGUUGACUGGCAUGGAGGCAACUUCGGCUGCAAAGUUGUCAAAUUCGCUCAGGUCCUGGUUACGUACUCUUCCACAUACGUGCUGGUGGCACUGAGUAUCGACCGGUAUGACGCCAUCACUAGGCCUAUGAAUUUCUCCGGAAGCUGGAGGCGUGCGCGCUGGCUGGUAGCACUAGCCUGGGCUGCAUCAGUGGCCAUGUCACUGCCCUCCAUCUUCCUCAACGGCGAGGCGAUAGUGCACGGCCGUCUCCAGUGCUGGAUUGAGCUCGAGUUGUGGCAGUGGCAAGUGUACAUGACCCUGGUUGCUGGCUCUCUCUUCUUCAUACCGACCUUGCUAAUUGCUGCCUGCUACAGCAUUAUUGUCUACACCAUAUGGAAACGGAGCAAAAUACUAAAAGGAGCUCAUGGGAAGGAUAUCGACACGAGAAGAACAAGCUCUCGGUGAGUGAUUCCAAAAGCAAAAGUCACGACGGUCAAGAUGACUCUGAUCAUAGUUUUAGCGUUCGUCUUCUGCUGGAGCCCGUACUUCAUCUACGACUUGCUCCAAGUGUAUGGCGCGACUCCGAAGACUCAGGCGGCCAUCGCCGUCGCAACGUUCAUUCAGAGCCUGGCACCACUGAACAGCGUCGCCAAUCCGCUCAUCUACUGCUUCUUUUCGAGCAACAUGUGCCGCCACAUUCGACACGAGGCCCUGCUGACGUUGUCGCCCCAUGAACCUCCGUCUUUAUGA